GUGUAAUUUUUUUGUUUUAAUUUAAUUAUUAAAAAAAAAAUUAAAAACGUCGGCUAACUUUAAUAUUAUUAAUUAUCAUCAAGUUUAUUCAGCGCUCUACAUAUUUUUGUGGAUUAGCCAGAUAAUUGACAGCUCAAUUAUGGUGAACUGAGAGUGAGCAGAGGAGAGAUUGGAGCGGCGGUUGCUCGGAAACAAUAAAUAGCAUCUAAAUGUGUGACUUGGCAGAUAACGAAGCCAGAUAGACGGAAGGAAUGGGUGCUGGGAUGGGUCGGACAGGAACGAGUGGCGGAGGUCUCCUGGAGGCAUUACCCACCGGCUCGCCACUCCAUGUUGCCAUGCUGGGCCUAGACAGCGCUGGAAAAACCACGGCAUUGUAUCGACUCAAAUUCGAUCAGUAUCUCAAUACUGUUCCCACGAUUGGUUUCAACUGUGAGAGAAUUCGCGGGGCUAUUGGAAAAGCCAAAGGUGUAAAUUUUCUGGUAUGGGAUGUCGGCGGGCAAGAAAAGCUGCGACCCCUCUGGAAGUCUUAUACAAGAUGCACCGACGGUAUUAUAUUUGUCGUAGACUCGUGUGACACGGAAAGACUCGAGGAAGCUAAAAUGGAAUUAACUAGAACAGCUCGAAGUCCAGACAAUGCCGGAGUGCCGAUACUUAUUUUAGCUAACAAACAAGAUUUGCCCGGUGCUAAAGAGGUUGGCGAGCUGGAGAAGCACCUUGGCGUGCUCGAGCUGACAGGAUCUCCGGGGUGUUCGUGCAUAAGGGUCCAACCGGCUUGUGCUAUCACCGGGGAGGGUCUCCACGAGGGCCUGGAUACUCUUUACCAAUUGAUACAAAAGCGGCGCAAACUCGCUAAAUUGAACCGCAAACGGGCCAGGUAGGCCCGCGCCUCCGAGGACUGUACGUGUGUCUUCUGAUAGCACUACUCAGCUCCUCAAAUAUUAACCAAUUAUCAUUGUGAUAUUUGGCCGGUUAAAAAAUCCACUUACUUCUUUUCUCUCGAGAAGUUGUAUGACCGGAUUAUUCACUCGCUGCCGCACUCAAAGAGUAUACAGUUUAUAUAUCUCAGUGUGCGUUUGUAUGUGUGUGGGGAAUUUUUUGACGAAUCGUCGUUGCCCAAGUUUGGAAGCUCAAGUCCACGACGAGUCAAGUACAAUCCGACAAAACUAAUAAACAUCCCACCAACUGACAACUCCUCUGACUUAACUGCCCCGUUUCACCGAGACGUGUUUAUAGCAGGAGGUUUUUUAAAUUUAAAUAUUUAAUACCAGAUAUAUAAAGUAAUAAUAACAAAUUAAAUUAAUGAUUAAAUUACUAUGAAGAAGAAAUGUGGAUAUUUAAGAUAAAUAUUAAAUUUAUUGGAAUGCGUUGGUGAUUAAUAUUUUUAUUAAUCAAAAUACAACGCUAAUAUUGUUGCAACGAUUAUUGAACCACAAUCCGACCUCAAUGAUUAUUGUCAUCGUGAUAAUACGUCUUUUUCAACCAAUUACAAUACAAAUAUACAUAUAUAUAAAUAAAUUGAAAAAAAAAAAUAUAUAUAUAUAUAUAUAAAGAAAAAUAGAAAUAUAAAUAGACAUGUAGAGAAUGGGAGAAAGUUGAAAAAUUAGAGAGAAAAGAAGAGAAGAGAGUAACUCUUGACUGAUGCUACAAUUCGUCUUACAUACUAUGAAAAUUAAGUUAGCCGACAUUUAAAAAUUUUUAGAAUUUUUUUUUUUAUU